CGUUCCAUAGACACUUCACCAAAUCUCACUUUUCUUCCCUUAAUCAGGUUUGUUGUUUGUUUCGAUAAAUUCCUUCUAUUUCCAUGGCUGCUCCACCUGCAAGAGCUCGAGCUGAUUACGACUACCUCAUAAAGCUUCUUUUGAUCGGCGACAGCGGUGUGGGCAAGAGUUGCUUACUUUUGCGUUUUUCGGAUGGCUCAUUUACUACAAGUUUUAUCACGACAAUUGGAAUUGACUUUAAGAUAAGGACUAUAGAGCUUGAUGGGAAAAGGAUCAAGUUGCAAAUUUGGGAUACUGCUGGACAAGAGCGGUUUCGCACAAUUACAACUGCUUACUACCGUGGAGCCAUGGGAAUUUUGCUUGUGUAUGACGUGACUGAUGAAUCAUCUUUCAAUAACAUUAGAAAUUGGAUUCGUAAUAUUGAACAGCAUGCUUCGGACAACGUGAACAAGAUUCUGGUGGGUAAUAAGGCUGACAUGGAUGAAAGCAAACGGGCUGUUCCUACCUCAAAGGGCCAAGCUCUUGCUGACGAAUAUGGCAUCAAGUUCUUUGAGACUAGUGCAAAAACAAACUUAAAUGUGGAGGAGGUUUUCUUUUCAAUAGCCAGGGACAUUAAGCAAAGGCUUGUCGACACUGACUCAAAGGCUGAGCCACAGACAAUCAAAAUUAGCCAACAAGACCAGGGAGCUGGAUCUGCGGCAGCUGCUCAAAAAUCAUCUUGCUGCGGGGCUUGAACUAAGGACGAGAUCUGAAGGGUACAUUUCUUCCCUAGGGUGCCAUUUUGAUCCGGGGAAAACCAAUUUGUUACAGUUAUUUUGUUUAUAUUCUCCCGCCUACCAUUAUUUGAAAUCAUUACAUCUGCAACUCUUUGGUGUGAAAUGCUAGAUCCUUGAUAUUUUGCAAAAUUAAAUUAUAGUAGAUUAUUUGUCAAAAUAUCACGUGCUUGAAAGCAGACGUGCCUACCAUUUUGAUA